GUGUUGUCACACCUGGUUGGUUGAGAUGCAAGAAAAUUGCGAACGGUUCCCUUGGACACCUCCCCCAUCCAAUCCACCAUGAGUUCUAGAAAAGAACAAAAUAGGAAAAUGCCGAGGGAAACCAGUGAGGGUGGUGGGAUCAAAACUUCAGAGGAUCUUCAUGCUUGGUCCAUCUACAGACAGAACUUGAACUCGGACUUUACCGAUUCUGCAUUAGGUUCGUGCGAGAAAUCCCCUAUGCCGUACGGUAAUUUUCAUUUAAGGGAGACCACCAUGCAGAGUAUACUUAGUAAUCCUAAGUACGGGCCCAAGUCUGAACUUGGAUCCAACGUGUACACUUACCUCAAGUUUGGUCUGCCCAGAGUGCUUCCCCCCCAUGUGUAUCCUGGCCUAGAUAACUCCAGUGGAUACGAUUCGACGGAUGAAGAGCGAGGCAUCCGGACAGGGCCUCAUGUCCGGGGAUCUCACAGCGUGGAUAACCUCAAUAGCGUGGCCAGAUCCAAAUUUGACUCCUUCUACCCAAUGACCAACGAGUUAGGCGAGUUCCAACAAUCAAGAUUAGCCAAAAGUGAACUGAAUUUGGCGCGAGACAAAUCAAAAUAUUGGAUCCCUGACGGGAACAUAAGAUCUCAAGAAAUUGGGUCUCGUGCUAGUGCCACCACUCCCUUACCCAAAAGUAGAUCAGAGAAAAAGACAUCUGAGAUGGGCAUGAACUCGAUUCCAGCGGCCAGUAUCGAGGCCGAGUUGGCGCAAUACCCUCACAUUCAACUCAGAGACUGCAGCCUCGUCGAAAAGGCGUCAAAGUUGCGUCUUUUGGAGGGUCUAACCAUGGAAGCUCAAGGUGGAGAAUUAGUUGGCGUUCUUGCUACAAAUGCUGAGAACGGAUCCUUAUUCUGUGAUCUUCUGAGCGGCACCUACCCCUCCAAGCAGUAUUACAGUGAGGGACAAAUUCUGCUGAAUGGGCAUCGAAUCACCAGAUCACGACUUCGAUCCCGCGUGUCCUAUGCACGAUCCAAUCACUGCUUUCCAGAAAACCUCUCUGUUCGGCAAGUUAUGCUAUUUCGGGCUUACCUACAAGAAUCCGAAGACAAUGUGAGGAAUAAAGAUGUCAAAGGUCGAAUCGAAGCUUUGAUUGAAGACCUAGGAUUGGCUCAAGUAAAGCACGCUCGAGUGAAAAACAUCACGGCCUCGGAAAAGCGCCGCUUGAAUUUGGCAGUACACCUGCUUCUAGACGCUGAUGUUACGGUUAUUGAUCAACCCACCAAUGGAAUGGAUAUCUUCGACACGUUUUUUCUCGUUGAAUAUUUGCGUCAGUGGGCUUCCCGAGGGCGUUUAAUUGUAAUCACAAUUCAUCCACCCACUUACGAAAUAUUAACCAUGAUUUCGAAAGUGGUCUUGGUCUCCAUGGGGCGGAUCAUUUAUUGCGGUAAAAGAAGAGAGAUGCUCCCUUAUUUUGCCUUCAUUGACUACCCUUGCCCCGCUUACAAGAACCCCUCCGACUAUUAUCUCGAUCUAGUUACCCUUGAUGAUUUGUCUCAAGACGCUAUUUUGGAGUCACGGCAAAGAAUCGUUCAUUUGGCAACCACCUUUAGCCUAAAGGCCGAACCCUUGUCAGAUCCUGGACCGCCUGGGAUGUUACCGCCAAAAUUCAAAGCAGCUCAAUGGAUCGUUCAAAUAAUGGCACUAAUGGUGCGCGACGUCGGUUACUUGUAUCCAUACAACAUUAUUUUUUGGGCAAAGACUUGGUUGCUUGCCGGAAUUAUCUCCCUUUUGUUUGGAUUGUUUUUCAUUGGUAUACGGUGGAAAUACUGGAAUUCUUCUUGGGUCGAAGAUCCUUCUUUCGAGCAAGACAAUGUAGUCAAUCGAUUUGGAUUGAUUCACGUGUUGCUCUGUUUUGCUCUGUGGCCGGUUCUUUGCUCAAUGGUCCAAAUCAAAGGAAAUCAAAGAGCAGUCUUACAAAGUGAAUUGCAAGAGAGGCUUUACUCCAAUAUAUGCUUUCAUCUGGUGAAGAAUAUUUUGGAAUUGAUACCCGUGUGUUUGACUUACGCAGCUUACAUCAUUCCUGGGCUUGCAUUGGUUGGUGUUCAUCAGGACAUUGACUACCUUGUUUUAGGUACAGUCGUUCUACAUCUCGAGUGCUGGAGACAGGUUCUUGAGUUCUUGCUCACUGCCUUCAACAAUAAGAUUCUUAUUUUGAUAUCUUCAGCAGUUUUGGGAUUCAUUGCGAACUUGACGACAACAUUUUCAAUCCAUUCCAAAGAUACACCCUACUGGGCAAGAAGCCUCAGUCUUGGGUUUCCAAACUUCUGGGCAUUUCGAUCAAUAACCAGAACCGAGUUUGAAUCUAUUGAAGUUCUCAGAUGCUCCACAAAUCCAGUCAUUACCGAAAACUCCAUCAUUAAGCAAGUUCCCUGUGGGCUCCCCGAUGGCCCAGGAGUCAUCAAAUAUUUCGAACUCAACGAAGAAAGCACAUCCGGUUUACCAAUACCUGAUUCCUUAUUGAGCCUUUGUGUUAUGUAUAUUCUGUUAAAAAUGUUGAACGUCUUAGGUUCUAUAUUCUUUCAAAUACAUCGGAAAUGAAUAAAGUUCACCCAAUCACAGCUGA